AUGGACGAAGUUGCAUCUUAUGAAGUGAAAAAUUUAUGUGGUCUGAUGGAUGCUAUAUUUUCUGAAGCUGUUUCCGAUGAAAUAGCGAAAAUACGUAAGGAAAAGUGUUGUGACUGUAAAGUGGAUUACCCGCCGAGAAGACAUGAAUGUCUCAUGUUAACACUUGAAGAAAGUUUAAAAAAGCUGUUACACAGUAUGAAACGUAGAAGCUUAAUAAUGUCGUCAAUAGUUAGGUUUGUUUGUUGUUGUAAGGUAGUAUCUUUGAGUAGUUUGUUGCGAAUGUGUUCGCAUGUUUUUUCGACAGGGACAGCAGUAAACAGAGAAACAACGUCAAAGGAAAUCAUAAUUUCAUCGUCUUCAAUGUUGAUGUUGGAUAGCCUAUGUGCAAAGUCAGUCGAGUUGGUAACAGAAUGCUUCGAUCUGUAAUUGUAAACCGUAUAGUCGUCUGUAUCACUGUAUUUUAUAACUACCCGUUGAAGGCUGCAGUCUGGCAACCGAAAGCUCGUAAAUAAAAAAUCUUCAAUCAGAGAACGUCUCAAAAAUCAUUAUGUUCAAUCCUGGUCGCACUUCCAGCAUAUUUAAAUAUUAUUUAUCUGUUAUCAAUGUCGCGUUAAUUAAGUUGUCUUAACAUUUUGAGUUGGUUGUUAGAAAUAACUAUAAUGUUUUCUUAUCUUAUCUUUAUUCAGUCAAGGAAAAAACAGGCAGCACAGUCAUUAUCAUAGCAACAACAGCAGGUGGUGUCGUAUUUUUAUGUAUUGUGCUUAUUGUCUUAUUGAUAAAAUACAAGCGACGAAAGCGGGCUCCAAAAUUAUCAACUCUAAUUGUCAAUGAAUCACUGACAGACGAAACUCCACAAGAAUCAUUGCAAAUUGCAUUGCCACUUGAUCAGGUAAAUUAUUUACGGAUGUUGAGUUCAGAACUGAUAGUUUUAGUUUAGGUUUUCUCCUGUAGCAACACUGGAUCAAUAAGAGAUGAUCCUUAUUGGACCUCUAGGAAGAACAGUUUAGAACUGAUAGAGCUAUCCAGUAUACAGUAAAUAAAGUCAGUUUAGGUUUCCUGCUGUAGUAACACUAGAUCAAUAAGAGAUGUCAGAGAUGAUUCUUACUGGACCUCUAGGAAAAACAGUUUAGAACUGAUAGAGCUAUCCAGUAUAAAUAAAGUUAGUUUAGUUUAGGUUUCCUCCUGUAGUAACACUGGAUCAACAAGCACUGCAUGGGCUUUCCUGGACCUCUCGGGGAACAGUUAUAAAAACUAAUCGGAGCAACCGAAAACUAUUCCAAGCCUUUUGGCCUUAGUUUUUAUGCUUGGGUAAAUUGGACAAACGCAACACGUGUAAUCGACAUUGAAAGUCAUCAUUAUCAUAAAAACAGAAGCCAGGUUGCGAAACUGUUGCAAGAGUUAAUCAUAUAGUUGCCAACUCUCACGGAUCCACCGUGAACGUCACGGAUUUUACUAAAACCUCACGGCGAGCUCACAGGUUGUUAAUAUCUCGCGGAUUCUCAUGGAUCCUCGCGGAUUUCGAAAAUAACCCAACUGAUUCUAAAAUAUCUUGGCUUUGUUGCACAUUUUAAAUAUUAAGAGUGACUUCAUUUGCCUCAAAUUACAUUUUUUCUUGGAAAAAUUCACGCUAUUAAGCCAAAAAUAGAUCAUCAAAACAUCGCUACAUGCAUGCAUGCAUGCAUGCAUGCAACCUCGUACUUGUGGGUAUUCUACAAUAUGACUCCAUAUUUUCAAUUUUUUUCCGCUCGGCGCAAACCACGUGGCGCCUCGUGGGCCCCCCAAAAGCAAAAUCUCACGGAUGUUUUUUCCCAAAGUUGCCAACUAAGGCAACUGUGGUUAAUAGAGAGUUUCACGGAGACGUCGCCACAAAAGCAGACCAGUCUGAAGACGUAUCAGGUCAAGGUAAUAUGUAUAUAAAAUUCCACUAACCUUCCUAUUUGUGUACUUUGGUCAUUCUGAGAAGAAUUGUAAUAUAUCUUGAAUAAACUGCAAUAAUUUUUUACUGUAAAGUUUGAAACUCGCCCGCGUUUGAAAACCAACUGUCAACUUCCAAAUGAGAGUUGACGAGAACCCUGUUCUAAAACACAAUACACAAGGGUAUAAUAGUUGAGAAAAAUUCCAUGCAAACUCUCGCCAUAUUGGGACGGAAAAUUAUAUGUGUUUAUUGAUACAAUGAUAUAUGAUAUAUUUAGGUUACGAAACUGUCGCAAGUGUUGAUCGAGAGUUUUACGAUGACUUUGCAACAAAAGCAAACGAGUCUGAAGACAUGAGAGUUGAUGUCGAGUACCCCUGUUCUAAAACAAAGCAUUUUACAGCGCCCAGCUGA